UAACAUAAAGCACAAACUCAUUCUCUUUUCCCCACUUUCCCUCCUCCUCCUCCAACAGCAUCACGAGUAGCAGCAGCACAGCCGCAAAAAUGUCAUCAACAGAGUCCCUAAUCCUCCAACUCCACGAAAUCUCCGCUGUCAAAUUCGGCAACUUCAAGCUAAAAUCCGGUAUCUCUUCCCCUAUAUACAUAGACUUGCGCCUCAUAGUCUCCUACCCUUCCCUCCUCCGCCAAAUCUCCCACUCUCUCAUCUCUGCUCUCCCUCCCCAAACACCCUUUAACCUCAUAUGCGGCGUUCCUUACACCGCUCUCCCUAUAGCCACCUCCAUAUCUCUUGACACCUCCAUCCCCAUGCUCAUGCGCCGCAAAGAAGUCAAAGAUUAUGGCACUGCCAAGUCCAUCGAAGGUGUUUAUGACAAGGGUCAGGUUUGUUUGAUUGUAGAAGACCUUGUUACAUCCGGAGCAUCCGUUCUCGAAACAGCGACGCCUCUACGAGCUUUGGGAAUCAACGUGACCGACGCCGUCGUGGUUAUUGAUAGGGAACAAGGCGGAAGGGAGACGUUGGAAGAGAAUGGGAUUAAACUUCACGCGCUGUUUACCUUGACGGAGAUGGUGAAGGUUUUGAGAGCGAAAGGGAAAUUAGAGGAAGAGAUGGAACGCUUGGUUAUGAGGUUUUUGGAGGAGAAUAAGAAAGUGGCUGUGCCUAAGGUGGAGAAAGUGAGGAUUAAGAGUUUGGCGUUUGAAGAAAGGGCUAAGUUAGCUAAGAAUCCAACUGGGAAAAAGCUCUUUGAGGUUAUGGUUAAGAAAGAGAGUAAUCUUUGCUUGGCUGCCGAUGUUGGGACUGCUGUUGAGUUGCUUGAUAUUGCUGAGAAGGUUGGACCAGAAAUCUGUCUAUUGAAGACCCAUGUUGAUAUAUUGCCUGAUUUCACUCCAGAUUUUGGUUCUAAACUUCGUGCGAUUGCAGAAAGACAUAACUUUUUGAUCUUUGAAGACCGUAAGUUUGCAGACAUUGGUAACACAGUCACAAUGCAGUAUGAAGGAGGUAUCUUCCAUAUAUUGGAUUGGGCUGAUAUUGUUAAUGCACACAUAAUAUCUGGUCCUGGAAUUGUGGAUGGUCUCAAAUUGAAGGGUUUGCCUCGUGGUAGGGGCCUGUUGCUACUUGCUGAGAUGAGCUCUGCUGGUAACCUUGCCAAGGGAGACUACACAGCUGCUGCAGUAAAAAUUGCUGAUGAGCAUUCUGAUUUUGUCAUUGGUUUCAUCUCAGUCAAUCCAGCAUCAUGGCCUGGGGCACCAGUUAAUCCAGCAUUCAUUCAGGCAACUCCCGGAGUUCAAAUGGUUAAGGGUGGUGAUGCCCUAGGCCAGCAGUAUAACACUCCAUAUUCUGUCAUCUUUGAUAGGGGUAGUGACAUAAUAAUUGUGGGGCGUGGAAUCAUUAAGGCAGCAAACCCUGCAGAGGUAGCUCGUGAUUACCGCCUUCAAGGAUGGGAGGCAUACAUGGCUAAAUGCACUUAGAGGAUUCUUUUAUGGUUCAUCUGUUGCCUUAAACUUAUGCACUUCCUUGGUAACAUGAGUCAAAUUUUGUUUAAUCUAUGAUUUUGCAUGUUUGGCAUGUUAUAAUACGUAGGGGAGCCACAGCUUUUUGGGCUUGGACUACUCUUCAAUCCUUGUAAGCUGAGGCUAUACGUUUUCUUUGUUCGCCCGCUACGACUGUUGAGCCUGACAGGCCUUCAAUU